GGUCAGCCAACGUGUGACGUGUCUCGAAAAAACCAGAGGAAACCUUCACACCUUCUCGGCAUUUUCUUUAAUUUCCAAUCAGUUCUGCUUUCUCUUUCUCUCAACUCAACGGCCUCUUUCUCUUUCUAAGCCAAACCCUAACCCUAAAAUCCCAACAAUACAUGGCUUACCACCACACACCCGGAUCGGACGACAAGCGCGACCCCAACGCGCGCUUCUACAACCCCUACGCCGACCUCAACAUCCCCAGCCAAAAUCUUUACAAACUCCCCACCUCCCCGGAGUUCCUCUUCCCUGAGGAGAGCCUCCGCCAGCGCCGUUCGUGGGGGGAGAAUCUCACCUUUUAUACCGGGACGGCUUACUUGGGGGGGUCUAUUACCGGCGCAGGCAUCGGGUUGUUCUCCGCUUUUAAAUCGAUGGAGCCUGGGGACACGUUGAAGUUGCAGGUUAAUAGGGUUUUGAAUUCUUCCGGGCAUUCGGGUCGGUCAUGGGGAAACCGGGUCGGUGUGAUCGGGUUGAUUUACGCGGGGAUGGAGAGUGGGGUGGUGGCGCUUACGGAUAGGGAUGAUGUUUGGAGUAGUGUGGCGGCGGGGCUCGGGACUGGGGCGGUCUGUCGGGCGGCGAGAGGUGUGAGGUCGGCGGCGGUGGCGGGUGCGCUUGGUGGACUGGCGGCGGGUGCGGCAGUGGCGGCGAAGCAGGUGAUGAAGAGAUAUGUUCCGAUUUGAGAGGGAUUUGUAUGGUUUCUUUGAGAAAGUUUCAAUUUUGACCUGAUAGAGAUUAAAAAAAUUCCAUUGAUGAGUGAAUGUUCUGAUUGAAUUAUGAAUUAUGAGCCAUGAAAUUGAUUAAUUUAUAGAUAUAUAUAGUUUUAGUGUUAUGAUGUAAUAAAUAAUUACUUCGGUGAUGAAAGACACUGAUGACUGAAUCGAAAGUUUCCAAGUUUCUAUUAGGAGUUAUUUGAGUGGGAAUUUAUUUCUGUGUUGUUUUGUAAUUUUUUUUUUUUUUUUUCCUGUUAGCUGUGGCUUUAGAACUAAAAGCUGAUUUGCAGUUAGUGAUUUUGGCAUGUUCUAAUGUAAUUAAUAAUGAUGUGGUGGUUAAGAACACGAAUGAUGAUUUUUGA